AUCGGUUGUGUGUGUUUGUAUUCUUGUUUAUCUUUGUCGAUUUUUGCAGUCUGGAGCAGACCAUCAUUUUCUUUCUCCUCCUUCAUGAUAAUCUAAUGGUCUACAAGUGUUGACAAUAAAUUUGACCACUUUUACGUAUCCAUCAUUUAAUAAUAUAAUAUCGAAUGGCAAAUCAUCGAUCAAUUUGAUUUUUUCCUGUGUAUUAUGAUGAUCAUAUCCUUACAUCAAUGAUCAUAUAGCCAUGACAUCCAUUAUAAUGUUCUGUGUUUGUGUCCAUGUGCACCUUGUGUAAUUUUUCCUUUUUUUUGAUUAGCAUACGAUUCGAUUUUUAUCGAUCAAAUUCAACUAAAACGAGCGAUCGAUCAAUACAGAAUUUUGUCAUCGCUCUCAUUUUUUACACAUUCAAUUACUUUGAUACAUCAAUACAUCUAUACCAAAAAAAAAACAUCAACAACACAACCGCAAAAAUGCUAUAUUCAUUCAGGAUUUCUAUUGAUCAAUUGUUGAUCAUCAUUGUCAUAAUAAUCAUGUUUGAUUAUAUGGCCAAUGGCCGUCCAUUCAAUGGCCAUUAUCAUUAUCAUCAUAAUCGAUUGAAUAAAAGACAAUCCCCCAUUACAGAUGAACAUGACGAUGGCAAUAGGAUACGAAUACCAUCAUCAUUAUGUAAUGGACAAUCAUAUCCACUUGGAAUGGAAUCGGGUGAGAUUCGUGAUCAUCAAAUAGCAGCAUCCUCGUCAUAUAAUCUUCAAUCGGUUGGACCACAGAACGCCAGAUUGAAUCGUGAAAUAUCUGGUGGUGCUUGGUGUCCAUCCAAACAAUUGAGCGCAUCAUAUUCAGGCCAAGAAUGGAUCCAAGUUGAUUUAGAAGAACUUUAUACAAUUACAGCUAUCGCAACACAAGGUCGAUUCGGCAACGGUAUGGGCGUCGAAUUUGCUGAAGAAUAUUGGAUCGAGUACUCUCGUGAUAAUGGUACCACUUGGAAUAAGUGGACUGAUAUGAAUGGAGAUUAUAAAUUGAUUGGAAAUCAUGACACCUAUACGCCUCAUAAGAAUAUUAUUCCACAUCCAUUGGUAGCCAUCAGCCUUAUUCGUAUCGUACCAUUUGCAAGUUAUCAACGAACAACUUGUCUUCGUUUCGAGCUAUAUGGAUGUAGACAUGACAAUAAUGUACCUAUUAGUUAUUCGAUUCCGGAUGGAUAUAAAGACAGUUCUUUUGGUGAUUUACGUGAUUUAACAUACGAUGGCCGUAUGGAUUUUUAUGGCUAUCUACACGGAGGCCUUGGACAAUUGAUUGAUGGUAUCAAAGGUGAUGAUAAUUAUAAAGUCAACUAUGGCUAUGAAUGGAUUGGUUGGAAAUCGGAAAAUGCGGAUCUAUCCAUGGUGUUUGAAUUCAAUUCGAUUGUCAAUUUUACUUCAGCUACAUUCUAUUGUCAUAAUCUUUUCACAAAACAGAUUCAGGUGUUUGCCGGUGCCAAAGUAUGGUUCAGCUAUGAUGGUCAAAUUUGGUCAAAAAGGCCGAUUGAAUUUGAAUAUAUGCCCGAUUUGGUACUGGAAAAUCCACGCGAUGUUGACGUACACCUUCAUUUCAAAGCUGCACGUUUCGUUAAAUUUGAUUUUCAAUUUGGAAGCAAAUGGAUACUGAUGUCAGAAGUGGCUUUCAAUACGAAUCCAAUCGAUGAGAAUACAACAUUAUCGUAUGAACAAUUGGAUUGGUCAUACGAUGAUAAUUUAAUACCAUUCAGUACAGCUAUCAACAAUGAUCGAACAUUAUUUCCUCAGACUACCUUCUUGAUCGUAUUUGGCGUAUUGUUUGCUGUCAUCUGUUCAGUGGUCAUAGUAUUACUUCGAUUACAUUUGAGACGCAAGGAGAAAGCCGGUCAUAUUGUUGUCUGCAUGAAGGAUUUGGCCACAACACCUCUAUAUUGUGAGCCAAAAGAUUUCAGCUCAACAUCAAGUACGAUAUCGAAUACGAUAGCCGAUCCUGAAUAUGCUGUACCGGAUGUUGCCAUUUCAAAUCAUCAUCAUCUACAACAGCAACAACAUCAAAACUAUCAUCAUAUAAUGUCAGCUUUAUCCAAUGGCUCUAUUCUACCACAUCAACAUAACGUUGGUAAUAAAAACACAUCAAAUGUCGGACAUUUGGGUAAUAAUCUCAACAUGUUCGGUGCAGGAUUCACUCGUAUCCUGAUGGGAGGUCAUCAUCAACCAGCCAAAGAUGUGAACAAUGGAAAAUCGACGCCAACAUCAUCAGCCCCUUCUACAAACAUCACUGCUAACGUAGUUUAUUCAUCGCAACCUAAAUUACAAACGAAUGAUAAUGGCAGUUGCUACAAUCUUGCCAAACAGAUUCCGGCCAGUAAUGUACACACUAAUCAUCAACAUGCAAUCAAUUCAAAAACUUUAACCAGCAAUGGUGGCCUAAUUCAACGACAAUUCUAUGUUUCGGCCGAUUUGAUACCAAAAUCUCCAAAGUUAGCUACCAAAUCUACCUUAAUACAGCCGACUUCAACAAUCGAUCAGUCGGUUAAUGGUCGAAUGACAUGCAACACUAUCUACAAUAAAAGAAAAUUGACUACAGUGAACGAUGAUCUUAUGACAAGUAGUAGCAAUACAUUGAAACUAAAGUAUAGUUCAAAUGGUAUGAUAAAUAGUAAUGAAUUCAUCGAGGAAAGUAUGAAAUGCAUACCUGAAAUCGGUGAAAAACAAAUCGAUAUCAUACAAAAACAGUUGGGCUGUUCACAAUAUGGCCAAAUCAUGUUGGCUAGAUUGCAUAAUGAAUCUCAUCAGCUAUUGAUGAAUAGUAGUAGAAACGGCUACGCUAAUGACUUGUCACCGGAAACGGAUGCUAUGAAUCGUGAAACAGGAAAGAACAACGACGAUAAGGAUAACGGUAAUGAAACGCUAGUUCUACUAAAGACACUUGAAAACGAUAAACUAAGUGAUUUUCUACAUGAAAUGAAAUCAAAAUGGUUUAUAUCGGCAAAAAGUGAACGGAUUGCCAAAUUGAUCGGAUUUUUAUCAUCGCCUUCGUCUCAUUUAACCGCAAUGAUUGUCGAAUGUGGUGAAUAUGAUCUUGCUCAUUUUCUUCGUAAUUGUGAUAAAAAAUCUAUUGGAAUACAAUCAUUGUUACAUAUUGGAAGUGAAGUGGCAGCCGGUAUGAAAUAUCUAGAAUCAUUGGGCUAUGUACAUCGGGAUCUAUCUGCAAAAAAUUGUCUCAUCUAUGGCUAUAGUCUACGAGUAAAGAUUACGGAUUUUGCCGCUUUGCUUAACUCGAAUUCACAUGAAUAUUGUAAUGGAGUGGCACUUCGAUGGAUUGCACCCGAGGCAUUAAUCAAUGGUGCUUAUACAACUAAAAGUGAUGUAUAUAGUUUUGGCGUUACAUUCUGGGAGAUCUUGACCUAUGCAUUGAUAAGACCACACCAUGAAAUGGAUGAUGAUGCAUUCUUACAGAAAUUGUUCACAGCCUAUGAAAGCUAUGUUAGUGAUCUCAAUAACGAUUGCUCAAGCAGUUCAGUAUAUUAUCAGGCCACUUAUGCCAGUGGCAACAUGAUUCAUAAUACCGUGAAUGAAUCAUUGGAUGGAACGAAUAUGGAUCAGCAAUCAGGUGCAAAUCAAGGAAAACGAAGCGGUACGACUAGAAUAUCAUAUCGAUUGGCUUUACCAAGACCUACAACAUGCCCUUCAGAAAUCUAUGAUCUCAUGUUGGAAUGUUGGCAACUCAACGAACAGAUAAGGCCAUCAUUCAGAGAUAUUACACAAUUUCUCAUUGCUCGAAACAAUCAUAUCAAUGGCAUAGGACCGAAACAACCACAACAACAACAGCAAUCCGUACAGCAUCAACAUCAACAACAACAACAACAACCAGCCACAUCGGCUUAAUCCAGUUAUCUUAAGUUCUGGACUAAAAACAAGUCAAUUUUUGUUUGCCAUUACACUGUGAUUGCCAUUCCCUUUCUAUUAAUAAUAAUUGAUCAUGCCAAAGAUGCUCAAGAAGCAAUUAGUCAUUUGCCUAAAUGCUGACCUAUCAGCUCUAUGUAUAAAGGAUUUAAUAUUAAAUUCUGUUUUUUUCUUUUAAUUACUUUAUGUAAAUAUUCUAUAUUUUCAAAUAAGUGUUUGAUGCUCAUCAAAAUUUCUUCAUUCAUUCAAUUGUC